CAGCGGUUCACUCCCCCCGCCCCGGGGUUGGAAGAUGGCGGCGGCGCCGGGAUUGAUGUCGGUUUGCCGGACCCUUCACGCUUCAUCUUUCUGGCUGUGCGGACGGCGCCUAUUACCGGACUUGGUGGGUGGAAGGCGGCUGGAGCUCAGGCCGGCUCCGGCGGGGCUGGUGGCCGUGCAGGCCCGAGGCCUGAGGGAAAUUAUAAGGGUGCAGGAUGGACAGUCCACAAUGAUUGAGGGAAGGAAAAUUGAGGAUUCUCUAGUGGCUUCUGAACCUCCAAACCCUUCAGGGCAGUGCCCAAUCUGUAGGUGGAACCUAAAGCAUAAAUAUAAUUAUACAGAUGUGCUACUGCUCAGUCAGUUUAUCCGGUCAGAUGGAGGGAUGCUGCCACGUCGGAUCACAGGCCUCUGCUUUGAAGAGCAUAAGAAGAUUGAAAUUUGUGUAAAGAUGGCUCACCGAGCAGGCUUGUUGCCAGACCACAAACCUGUCCUGCCAGAAGGACACAUCCCAAAAAAACAGAAACCCCACUUAAACAGUCCUCUUCCUGGAAGUACCCAUGAUCAAAACCCUGGAGCAUGAUCGACCUGUCAGCAUUCAAUCCCAAGACCAAAAGGACGUCCUCAUUAUCGAAGGGAACACCAGUGCAGAGGACUGCUGGACACACCACAGCUCAUCAAAUACCAUCAGAAGCAGCUAAAGAUGAGGAAACAAUUCAGAAAACGCUCAAUGUUGAGCAGCUUCAGGAGCUAAGCAGACUCAUGAACAAUGUCUCCACCAAGAUCUCCCCAAAGAGAUCAUUUUAAUUGAGCAGAGGAAAUCUGGAAAGUGCUGAAGACAACCAUCAUCUCAAGCUGUGAAAAAACCCAGGAAACCCCUGGUCUGACCUAACCUGUCCAUCUUCCUUUCCACUCUACCCUUUGCACUGACCAAUCUUAUUCACCUCCUACCUGUAUCCACCCGUCGCCAUCCCACCUACUUUUCCCCUAGCACCACCCCCACCCCUCUAUUUAUCUCUCAGCCCCCUUCCCCCACCCACAAUCUUGAUGAAGGGUCUUGCCCGAAAUGUCGACUCUCCUGCCCUUCUGAUGCGACUCAAACUCGUUGUGCUUUUUCCAGCCCCACAUUUUAUCAACUCAACAAGAAUGACCACCUCAUCCAAGACCUCAUCAACAGGUAGAGGAAGGCUCUCCAUACCUGGCAAAACAAUAUUACCAGCGAGCCAGAGGAGAGAGAGAGAGAGAUUAGAUGAGAAACCAAUGGUGGACUGAGAAAGCUAAAGAGCUGCAUUUCCUUGAUGACAGAUAUGAAACUCCGGUGUCUUCAGUGCCACCAAGGCAACUUUCGGACCCAACUCUCUCCCCCACCCUGGCCUUAAACCCUGUGAGGAGUAAGGAUGGUACUCUUUACAGAGACAGAGGGACCAUCAGCUUUGAUGGAGAGAAUACAUCAAAGAACUCCUUAAAUGAUGAAACAGUCAUCAGCACGGAUGAUCCCACAUUGUCUGGCAGAAACUGAAGUCAUCCUUCGACAUGUGGAAGGAAAGAUUCCUGGGGUAGAGGAGAUUCCAGCGAGGAGUUUCACAUUGUAGCAGCAGAGGUUACUGUCAUCUUCAUCUUCAUACUCUUCUGUACGGCUCUGAAAUUUUGAAUACAUGUCAAUGGUGCCUCAAGACCCUUGAGAAGGAACAUCAGAUUCUCCAUCUGCUGGGCAGACAGGCGAGUCCUUGAAGCAGCUAUCAGCAUCGCAUCCAGGCCAUGAUUGUGACCAGCCACGUGCUCAGGAUGCCCAAGUUCCCACUACCAAAGCAAAUCAUCAUCAUCAACUCAAGACAGGCACUCGAAUGAAAGAAGGACAAAGGAAAGAUUUUGAAGACACCCUGAGGUUUCCCACAAGAAAUACAACUUAGAUGUCAAUGUGUGGGAGCCCCUCAUUCAGAAGAAACUGAUUGGAGGAAGCUCUGAAUUCUUUGCGAACACUCAUCAGGAGGAGGAAGAGGAAAAGGAAUUGGAGCAAAGAACGGCAACUACCUCAUGACCAAGGACCACUUUUACCUCCUGGAAACACCUGCUAAAUGUGGUCAGAGAUGUGGCUCUAAGAUCAGGCUCAUCAGCCACACAAGGGCCCACCGAACCAUGGUCAGUGACACAGAAUUUCCUGAG